UUUUCUUUGUAUGAGUAAUGAAUGAAGCCAUGAAUGCAUAAUUAUUUGAUUUGUUCUACUGGAGUCCUUGAUCUUCUCCGCACCGAACAUGACGUCACCUCUCCCUCCAUCACCUGAGAAGAGCGAGUACCUCGCGGCCGUCCUUGGCGCUGCCCGCCCUUUCCUCCGAGGUGAGCUCGAGCGAGUCGACGACAAGCUACCCUCUCUGGUCGCCGUUCUGCGCUCCGUCGGAGCCGGAGAGUGCUGGCAUAAACACGGUAGUUUCCUCGAACACCUGGUGGACAUUUACCGGAUACUCAAACUAUGGAAGGCUCCAGAUUCAGUCUGCCUCUGCGGCCUCUUCCACUCAGCCUACUCUAACUCUUACGUCAACCUCGCGAUCUUCGAUCCUUCGACUGGCCGCGACACCGUCCGAGGCCACGUCGGCGAUGAGGCGGAGCGGCUCAUCCAUCUCUUCUGCGUAGUCCCUCGUCAACCCCUGAUCCACGAAGAUCUCCUGUUCCAGUACACCGACGCGGAAAUCGUUGAGCACCUUCUGCUUUCCGAGGCAUCUCUGAAGAACGCCAAGGAGAAGGGGGAGUUCAACGACGACGAGGCAUGGAGGAAGAAGCUGCAAUCGGUGGUGCCGGCGGACGGGAUCCUCACUAAGCACAUCAAAUCGGGCGAUCCCGUCCUCGUUUCGAGAAGAGUGUUCGCGAUUUUCCUGCUAAUGACCAUGGCGGAUUUUAGCGACCAGCUAUUCGGUUUUCAGGACGUACUGUUCGAGAAUUCCAACGGCCGGCUCGAAUUCUCCGGUAACGACGUCAGAUCCGGCUUGUGGCCAGGCGACGGGAAGCCCGGACUCUGGAUGAAUUCAGUAUCGCGGAUGGGCGCAAUAUACAACCUGAUCGUCCGAGAAGAAGAAAUCUACGUUGAACAGAGGAGGAGGAAAACCGGUAGACCGGAAGAACCGGUCAGAGAUGAGCAUAUCGAGCUUGUGAUCCCGCCGGUGUUCAAUUUCUGCACGAAACUUCUCGACGCCGGAGACCAGAUACUGGCAAGGGACCUGUACUGGGAGGCGGUGUGCGAUGGGCCGAAGAAAGGGUUGGAUUGGGCCGAGCAAAGGUUGAAGGACAGCAUCGAAAAGAACCCAUUUGUGGGCGAGCCCCACGUUGUAUUGGGCCAGAUUUAUUUGAGCCUAGGGAGGUUCGAAGAGGGUGGGGUAGAAGCAGAGAAAGGGCUGACUCUGAUACUGGAGUGGGGCUCUCCUUGGGACAAGAGAAUGUCUUGGGAAGGUUGGGUUUCUUGGGCCAGAGUGUUGGUCAUGCGGGCCCGUGAGAGGUCUUGGCCUGAAAAUGCAUGGGGCGUUCUUAACUUGGGCCUCGUUCGGUAAUUUGGUCACACCUCCAAAUUACUAUUCGCAAUCAUUUAAUUAAAUAAAAAUAAAUAAAAUUGCCUCAAAUAUCUAAAUUAUCUUUAUUAGGAAAACUGUCAAAAGGAAAGCAAGCAGUUAAAAAAGCCACAUCCAGAAUAGAAAUACAUUCUGUUUGCAAUCUUCCUAUUUAUCAAACUAGACAAAUGAUCUGUAUUAUGAAUCUAUGAUAAUGUAAAUCCUAGUGAGAUUAUAUGCGUUUUCAAGUCAUUUUAAACACGAACUGUCUACUGAAUAAAAAGC